CGAUCCGAUCUGAUCCAAACUCGAAGCCGCCAAAGUUGAGAAUUAAAAGAGGGGGAAGGAACGUAGAUGAAAUUUGACAUUGAAAGACUGUAGCCGAUCAUCAACUUCCAGGGCUUAACCUCCAUCAUAACCGCUACGUCCACCUAACAUAUGCUUCCAUAGCAUCUCCCUUUAUCAUCCUACGCCAUGAGAGCAUUGUUGUUCAAAGUCCACCGAACAAAUACAAUUUAUUCGCACUCAUCACCGAACUCACCAAUCCAAUUUGGCCUGUUCAAUCUCUUCAUUCAAAGAAGAUGGAAAAAACCCGCUGAUACUGCCCAAACCCGCUUAGAGAAUCGAAGCCGGGACCCUAAACUCGACUUACUAACAGCCCAAAUCAGGAAACUCAACAUUGCACUCCACCUGUUCGACUUAAUGUCUCAGAGAAGACGCCCUUAUGUUUCAGUGCAAAUUAUGUCUCGUUGGACCAAUAUAGUUGGUCUUAAUGUUAGUAUUGGUGAUUUCCUUGGGAAUUUCCCGCAUGUCUUCGAGGUCUUUACGCAUUCUGUAAGGAAGAAUAUGUGUUGUAGUGUUACAAGAAAUAUGAUGGCUUUGAUAGAGGAGGAGAAAGCUGUGAUGGAGGAAUAUGAGUUGGAAAACGUUAGGCGGGUUAAGAAGCUUUUGAUGAUGUCGAAAGAGGGUGUGCUUCAUUUACAUGCUUUGCGAUUGGUGAGACGGGAGUUGGGGUUGCCGGUGGAUUUUAGAGAGUCCAUACUAAGGAAGUACGCUGAGGAUUUUAACUUGGUUGAUCUUGAGGUGGUAGCUUUAGUGGAGAGAGAUGAACGUUUGGCUGUAGGGUAUGUAGAACAUUGGAGGGAAAAGGAAUACAAGGAGAAAUGGUUGAGUGAAUUUGAGACUAAGUAUGCAUUCCCUAUAAAUUUCCCUACAGGUUUUGUGAUAGAGAAAGGUUUUAAAGACAAGCUAAAGGAUUGGCAAAGAUUGUCAUAUGUGAAGCCUUAUGAAAAAGAGGUUAAAAGGAUUCGUACCAAAGCUGGGAUUGAGCGUUUUGAGAAAAGAGUUGUGGGAGUUUUACACGAGUUUCUGAGCUUGACAGUUGAGAAAAUGAUGGAUGUCGAAAGAUUUGUCCAUUUCCGCAAGGAUUUGGGAAUUGAAGUUAAUUUUCGUGAGCUCUUGUUAAAGCACCCCGGGAUAUUCUAUAUCUCCACUAAAGGAGAAACACAGACAGUUUAUCUUAGAGAGGCAUAUAGCAAAGGUGGUUUAAUAGAAUCCAACCCUUUCUAUGAUGUCCGAAGAAAAAUGCUGGACCUGAUGCUGCUUGGUAGGCGUAAUACUAAAGAGUUAAAGGUUAAUAAAGAAAGCAACGCGGGCAGAAGAAGUGUAGAAACUGAUAAGAUUGUGGAAGGUACAAGAGACGGAGACUGGGUUAUUCCACUUUUAGAGAGAUCUGACAAUUAGAGUUGCUAUGAAUGUUGCCUUCUACUGAAGUGUUUAUUUAAUACUCCGUAUUAAAAACAUGGAAACGCUGCUAGAACGCAAGUCUAUAGUCAUUAUUCCUUGUGAAUGGAGAUCCAUAAAUCCAUUGAUGUUUCAUGCAAACUGUGGUGAAUUCUAUAGACUUCAUCAUCUGUAGGUGCUGUACGGAAGGCUGUAGUCUAGAUUCUAUUGAUGUUACCCUUAGCUUGGAAAGUAUCUUAUCUUAACUGCUUGAAGAAAGAUGCAGAGGCUCAUAUGGAUGUCUAACUUUGGUUUUGGUAAAGACCCUGAAGAUUGUAGCAGCUUGGCUAGCCAUUAGCCUAAUACAGAAGGAAAAACCCCAAAAUAUUUUAAAGAGGCAAUGAAACAUGAAGCGUGGAGAGAGGCUAUGGGUGCAAAGAUUGACGCACUUGAAGGGCAUGGGUCCUAGAAAAAUUACCUCCGGGAAAGAAAGCACUAGGGAGCAAGUGGGUGUUUACGGAGAAAAGAAAUGAGGAUGGAAAUUUGAUCCGGAACAAGGGUGUUUCAACUACCAGGUACAAAUACAUACCUGGCCUCCAGUAUCUGGCAAGCCAAGAACGUUUGCUUGGCCAAAGUAACCGUGAACUGAGAAUAUCACAAUAUUAAAAAUUGUGGGAAGCCUGCCAAAGAAGUUCUCCACGUUUACUGGGUCUGGUGCCUGGAGCACCUCAGACAGAGAAUGCAUAGUCUCUCUGACUCUUGCUGCUAUGAGUAAAUCAUAGAUGAUGUACCUCAAUUCGAAGUUUUGGAAUGGUGUAUCGGUAGAAAAUGAUGAAAGAAACACAUCAGCAACAACUAGUGCGGCCUGUAGCUUUGCUGCAUGUGUUCCACAAGAGGCUUUGCAGCCUCUUUCUCUGCCCAUAGCUUUGAACUCAAGAACUUUGAUACAAAAUUCAUUCCUUUUCCAAUGGAAGAAGACAGAGUAAGGUGUGGAGUAGAGUGCUCCAGUGCCCCAAAGUCCACCUCUAGUGCAUUUUCAUCUGUGGCCCUAUACUCAGUUGCAGUGAUGCCUUCAACUGUGAGAUGGUGAGCAUUGACUUUAACGUAUUCCCAAUAGCCAGGGUUAGGUCUUACUGCGAAGGCAACAUGAGGAGGAACAACAGCCGCUUCCUGUGAAAUUUCAGAUGGAAGCCUUUAAAAACCUCCUUUCCAAAAGGGAGGAUCAGAAAGCUAAGAUAUAAGAUAAUAGUGUACCUGGGUAGAGCACAAAAUGUAACCAAGUGUUCCUUCUAAGAGUUGAGUUCUUUCAGCAUGGUCAUCAAUGGAUUUCUCAAGCUCGUCCAUAAGAUGAUGAAGCUUCAUCAACCGUUUCCCUUGCUGUAAAUACCUAGCGAAACACCUCUUCAUUUGGUAUCUUCUCUCCCUCAACGCUUCUGGCAUGUUAUCUGCUAUUGAAUCGGAUUUCAUCAAUGCCGGUGAAGCAGCCAUGAUUUAUUUAUAGCUUCUAUACACUUCAGAGGCUGAUGAACUUUUCUUAUAGUUAGAUAACAAAACAGAAAGCUAUGAUAUAUGAAUUGAAGUAGAGACCUGAAUGCUUCAGUAUAUAUAGCUAUAGAGGGUGUAUAGUUAAAUACGUUAAGUGUACGGGAUAGGGCAAGAACAUUCGUUAGUAAGAAAUCCCAGGAAAGAAUGCAUUGGACAAGGGAGAUACCUUGUUUAUACUAUUUUUAGAGUUGUAUAUUUGCUUUAUCUUUUGUGUUUUCUUUCCUUAGUUUCAUUUGUAUUCCUUGCCUGCCCAACUCAUGCAAGUCAUUUUAUACCUGGCUUUAAGUAUGUCUGUGUAUGCAUGUAAUGAAAAUUGGAAAAUUGUAGAUUCAGAUUCC